UUACAGAUGGACACUGGUGCCAGGCAGCUCAAACACAGCUUUUAGCAGUCCAGGAACAGCACAGAGACAAUGAGAGUUCGCCUCAAGGGGGAUGUGAUCUGCACCCUCCUCCUGCUGGCAGCGCUUUGCUCUUUACUCUACUCCCAGCUAGAACAUUUAGUCCCAGCAGGAAACAAGGAGCCAACACAGCAGAGGCCCCCAGGAGCCCCAAAAAUAUUCUCAGAUCCCCGAGCACCUCAGAGACUGACGCCAGCAGAGGCAACAGCAGCCAGACCCCAGGUUACCCCCACCAUUCGACGAGCAGAAGUGGCCAACGACAGGGUCCAAACUACAACUCCACCCCCGCCAACUGAUCCCGCCUUCGACUUCAAGCACUAUCUCCUAAACAAGGACCACAGGAACUUCAACCUCCUCAUCAACCAGCCCAGGAAAUGCCGGAAAACACCCGGAGGGCCCUUUCUGCUCGUUGCUAUCAAGUCGGUAGUUGAAGACUUCGACAGGCGUGAGAUUGUCCGGAAAACCUGGGGCAGGGAGGGCUUGGUGAACGGGGAGCAGAUCCAGCGAGUGUUCCUCCUGGGAACACCAAGGAACAGGACGGUGCUGGCCACGUGGGAGACCCUGAUCCAGCAGGAGAGUCAGACGUACCGGGAUGUUCUGCUCUGGGACUUCGUGGACACUUUCUUCAACCUGACCCUGAAGGAGAUCCACUUCCUGAGCUGGGCUGCCGAGUUCUGCCACAGCGUCAAAUUCAUCUUCAAAGGCGACGCCGACGUUUUCGUCAACAUGGAGAACAUCGUGGAUUUCCUCAAGAGACACGACCCCGCCGAGGACCUCUUUGUCGGGGACAUCAUCUACAACGCCCGUCCCAUCCGCGCCCGGCACAGCAAGUACUACAUCCCAGAGACCAUGUACGGGCUCAGCGUCUACCCGGCCUACGCAGGGGGAGGGGGGUUCCUGCUGUCCGGCCGCACCCUGGGCAGGCUCUCCAGGGCCUGCAGGGAGGUGGAACUCUUCCCCAUCGACGACGUCUUUCUGGGCAUGUGCUUGCAGAGGAUCAACCUCAAGCCCGUUCUGCACGAGGGGUUCAAGACCUUCGGCAUCGUCAGGCCCUCUGCUGCCCCACACCUGCAGACCUUCGACCCCUGCUUCUACAGGGACCUCAUGGUGGUUCACAGCCUGAAGGUCGCCGAGAUCUGGCUGAUGUGGAACCUGCUGCACAGCCCUCGCCUUUCCUGCACCCAGAAGAAGCAAGUGAAGAAGCCUUUCCAGUGGAAAAAGAAAGCUCAGAGCACAGCACAAGAACCCCAGCUCAGAUAGUGCAGGCAGGCUGCAGCACAGACACAGCAAACAGCU